GCGCCGCCAGCGACCCCUCUGCUCGGAGCUGCUGUUGGCGUCGCCGUCGUCAAGCCCGCUUCUGUCCUCGUCGUCGUCGGCCGCCCUGAACUCGUGUCUCUGUCCUCGUCGUUGAGCCCGUCUCCGGCUUCGAUCCCUCUCACGGCGAAGUGCGAACGUCCCUCUCUGCCGCCGUGGAAUCUUCUCCUCGCCGUCGCAAACCGUUGCUCUUCGGCCCCGUUUUCGUCGGUCGCGAGCGGUUGCUCGAUCCUCUUCAAGCGCGUCCUCUCUCCGUGAAUCUCUGCCCGAAGCCUCGCCGUCGCGAACUGAUCCUCUUCCGAGCUCACUCUCUGUCCAAGCUCACUCUGUCACAGCCGUUCCUCCCUCGUGUCUCCAAGUGCAAUCAAAGAGAAUGAAGAAGCCUAUCGUAGCUUUGUUAAUGGUAAUAUUCUUUUCUGCGUUCAACUGCUUCAACGCCGAAGAAGCUUUCGAUGUUCGCAAGCAUCUCUCCACUGUUUCCAGGUAUGGUGCUGUAAAAGAAAUUGCAAACGGUAAUUUUAUACCUUCUAAAGUUCCUGAAGGAUGUGUUCCAACUCACUUAAAUCUUGUGGCAAGGCAUGGAACUCGUUCUCCUACAAAGAAAAGGAUAAGAGAGUUAGAUAAUUUGUCGUUACGGUUGGAAGAUCUUAUAAAGGAUGCCAGAAGGCGAAAUUUGCAUUUGGAAAGAGUUCCUUCCUGGCUAGAUGGAUGGAAAUCUCCUUGGCAAGGAAGGCUCAAGGGUGGUGAGUUGAUUAGCAAAGGAGAGGAAGAAUUAUAUGAUCUUGGACUCAAAAUUAGAGAAAAGUUUCCAAGUUUGUUUGAUGAAGAGUACCAUCCAAACAUAUAUACAAUAAGGGCAACUCAGGUUCCUCGAGCCUCGGCCAGUGCGGUAGCAUUUGGGAUGGGGCUUUUUAGUGGAAAUGGUAGCCUUGGACCUGGGAAACAUCGAGCGUUUUCUGUUAUAAGUGAAAGCCGUGCUAGCGACAUCAUGCUGAGAUUUCAUGAUUGUUGUCAUAACUACAAGCAUUUCAGGGAGAAGCAGGAACCCGCUGUUAAUAAACUUAAAGAACCUGUAUUGAAUGAAAUCACAUCUGCAUUAAUUGGGCGCUAUGGACUGAAUUUUACGAGGCAGGAUAUAUCAUCUCUUUGGUUUUUGUGUAAACAGGAAGCAUCCUUAUUAGACAUUACCAAUCAAGCAUGUAGUCUUUUUGGCCCUUCUGAGAUUAUGUUGCUGGAGUGGACAGAUGACUUGGAGGCUUAUAUCCUUAAGGGUUAUGGAAACUCGCUCAACUAUAGAAUGGGAUUGCCAUUACUUGAAGAUGUUGUGCAGUCUAUGGAACAAGCUAUUCAAGCUGAAGAAGAAAGACGCCCUCCUGGAAGCUUUGAAAAGGCAAGACUUCGGUUUGCACAUGCGGAAACUAUAAUUCCAUUUUCGUGUCUGCUUGGUUUAUUUCUUGAUGGAUCCGAGUUUAAAAAAAUUCAGAAGGAGCAACCUUUGCAGCUCCCUCCAAAGCCUCCACAGAAAAGAACCUGGAGGGGUAGCACUCUAGCCCCAUUUGCAGGCAAUAACAUGCUGAUAUUGUAUAGUUGUCCGGCUCAAGACAAAUCUAAAAGCAAGCACUUUGUGCAAGUGCUGCACAAUGAACACCCCAUUCCAAUGCCUGGUUGUGAUGGUUCUGAUUUCUGUUCAUUUGAGGUCUUCAAGGAAAAAAUAGUUGCACCUCAUCAGAAGCAUGACUAUGAUACAGUCUGUAAUCCGAAGCAGGAGCCAUCCUCUGGCAGUAUAUAUCAAAUGUUUCAGUGGCUUUUCUCGCUCAGCAAAGGUGAUAAACAGCCCAGAGAUGAAUUUUAGUUUGUUUGCUAGACUUGAGCAUCGAUCCGGUCUAAGCAAGAACCAAUUUAGAUAGAUUUUGCUGCCACUGUGGGAUUGCCUUUGCUAUCUUAGGCUUGCUGCCUUAUGCCAAGAAUUGGAGUUGGAUAGAAGUUGAGUUUAAAAUGUCAGUUUUUCCCUUUUCUCCCAGUAGCAAUGCUUCUAUAGUUAUCAGAGGCAGAAUUGAUGUGUCAUUUCAUGACUCUUGAACUCUAGUUUUCUUCUUAUGGAAUAGUUUGACACUAGACACAAUGGUCUGCAUUUUGUUUUUUAUCUUUUUGUUUUUCUUUUAAUAGCUAACCAUAGGAUAAUCCCAUACCCCUACUUUUAUUCUUCUUUCUUGGUCAUGGACAAUAAUCCUACUCUUUAAAGGAGCUAAAAUUGGAAGUUUUGUAUGGAAAAUAAGAAUUUUAAGUUUCCAAUGCAUUAGUAAUUUUAUUUUA